AUGCUGUCUGUUUCUCUUUCCGCGUACAGUUAUCUAGGAACGCCUGGUACAAUCGGCAACUCCGCAAAGGAGACAGAGCCGGGUUGGUUCGACAACAUGCACAAAUUAAAAUCAUCACAACGCGAAAAAGUUCGGCAAUUCAUAACAUUCACCAACACCGGCGAGAAAACUGCGAUCUACUGUCUUCAGCAGAAUGAUUGGAAAUUGGACCUCGCAUCCGAUAGGUUCUUCCAAUCGCCAGAGUUUUACGUCCGAGAUUCGAAACCUCCAGUUGAUCGGAAGAAACUGGAAAGCUUUUACUCGAAAUACCGUGACCCAACGGAGCCGGAUAAAAUUACGGCGGAGGGUGUAGUGCGUUUGUUAGACGAUCUCGGUUUGGAUCACGAUUCUCGGUUGGUGUUGGUGUUUGCGUGGAAGUUGAAAGCUGCCACGCAGUGCGAAUUUUCGAGAGAUGAGUUUAUAAACGGACUCACCGAGCUCGGCUGUGAUAGUUUAGAGAAGCUCAAGGUGAAACUGCCAAUGCAUGAUGCCGAGCUCAGGGACGCUGGACGAUUCAAGGAUUUUUAUCAAUUCACGUUCAAUUACGCGAAAAAUCCAGGGCAGAAGAGUCUAGACUUAGAUAUGGCCAUUGCCUACUGGAACAUCGUUCUAAGUGGACGAUUUCCCCUACUCGAAUUGUGGUGCAGAUUUCUGCAGGUGAGAAGCUCGCAUUGA